AUGUUUAAUUUGGCUAAAAUUGAAAAAGAAAAGUCGUUUAUAAAAGAAAUAUUUCCAUUUUUAAAUGAUGAAGACGUAGAAAAUCUUUUUGUAUCAUCUGAAGAUAUGAAUAUUAUAAUUACUAAAAUUUUAGAUAAUAAUUACAAAGGAAUCAAUGUUAAUUUAAAAGAUAUCACACAAGUCAAAAAAAUACAAAAACAGAUAAAAAAGGAUCUUUAUUAUCCCGAGUUGUUCUAUAAGCAGGAAACAGAUGUUUAUGAUGGUGACAUCGAUAGGCGCAAAGCAGAAGAGUUAUACUCUCAAAUUAAACUGCUAAAAAAUAAAUUAAAUUUUUGUAAGGACAAGAGAGUAUUAGAAUAUCAGUCAGAAGAAAUACAGCAAAUGUAUGAAGAACUUGAUAAACUAAAUAGAAGACGUGCUUUGAUGAUUUUAUCUAAAUCGUUACUUAAUGCCAAAAAUAUUGACUUACACGGAUUGUAUACAAAAGAAGCACUUAUGUUUCUUAGUGAUUACAUUCAAAUGUAUUGUCCUAAAGAAAUCAAUUUAAUUACUGGGCGUGAUGGAAAUUCACAAUCUCUUCGUCCUUCUGUUAUUAACUUUCUUGAAAAUAAGGGGUUUAAAGUUGUUGAUAAAGAUAAUCCAUAUGUACGAGCUGUUAAAAGAUUUUAA